GAAUAUCAAGAUCCCGAUGAAUUUAUCAAAGAUGUAAGGUGUAUAUAAGUUGAGGUUUAAUUCCAAUUUCUACCUUUUCUAGUCAUCAUACAAUUCAAACACAAACCAACUCACAAUUCACACCCUGACUUGUAUUUCCAAGUCGACUUACAACAACCACUUAUACCGACGACAACCAAUCACAACACCAACCACCAAAAUGCAUCACUUCUCCCGCCGCGGCCCCGUCACCACAACCACCACCCGGCCCCACCAUAGUAUCGGAGGCGGUCUCUUCUCGCGCCGCCACGCCGGCCACCACACGACCACCGUCCCAGCCACCACCACCCGCACCCAUCGCCGGGGAGGCCGCGGUAUGGGCAUGAGCAUGGGAGGAAGCCGCAUAAAGGCCGGAGGUCUCUUCUCCAGCGGCCGUCGCCGCCAGCACCACCACCACACCACCGCCGCGCCCAUGACAACCACACACCAUCACCACCAAAAGAGGCACGCCUCCAUUGGCGACAAGAUCAGUGGUGCGCUGCUGCGGCUUAAGGGGAGUCUGACUGGGCGCCCGGGGCAGAAGGGUGCUGGCACAAGAAGGAUGCAUGGGACCGACGGCCGCGGGGUGCGUCGUCGGCGCUUUUUUUAAGCGGCCACCUGGGGGGGGAUGGGCAACCAAGCUGGCAUUGCCCGCCAACUUGUUAAUGUAUAAUGAGUUGUAAUAUUAUGGUCACGAUAGGGAAGAGGGAUGGUGUUUGCCCUUGUCACUGUACAUCACAUUACACACGAGAUACCCCUGGAGUAGUAAGAAUGCAGACUUGUCCAUAUA